GUCAGUGUCCAACCUGCUGUGUCGAACCAAACGUGUAUUUAAAAAAUACAUCGACACAAAACGCCGGUGGAUUCAAGGGCCAUGUCUCACCAGGUCUACUGCCGGAUGCUGGGCUAUGUUACAACCAUAGCCCUGCACUGCGGGAACAUCGCAGUCAUGUACUCUCCAUCCAAAGAGGCGCUGGAGGAUGAGAGGAUUCAGGCGUUCAGCAAACUGCAGUACAGAUAUUUGACUUGUUGGACUUUUUUCCUCCAAGUGGUGUACGCAAUAGCAGCAUUGACUUGCGAUAUUUUAUUAUUAAGGAAUUCAAACAAAAAAUCUUAUAAACUGCCGAAACAUCUGCACAGAUUUAAAGAAACGUUAUUCUGUGCUAUCGUAUGGCCUUCGUCCGUGCUGGUCUGCGUUCUAUUCUGGACCGUAUUUCUAUACGACAGGAGCCUAGUUUUCCCUGAAUACCUGGACAAGGCAUUAAGUCCAGUGUCAAACCACAUCAUGCAUACUGCCAUCCUGCCUAUAGUGUUAUGGGAGAUGCUAUUUCAACCAAGGACCAGUCCUAGGUCCCAUAAGAAAUAUCUGGCCCAUUUAGCGUUCCAUUUUGGGCUCUAUGUGUCUGUGUUAACCUACACAUACAUAGAGAGAGGCUCAUGGAUAUACCCCAUACUGUCGAAGCUGUACGGCACAGUAUACUUCUAUGUUCUCAUUGCCUUUACAUUCCUCUUCGCUCUAUGGUGCUACAGCCUCCAAUGGAUUCUGGUUUCUAUUCUAUGGAAAACGGAAGGAUCUAAGAAGAAAAUUCGAUGAUAGUUAUUUAAUGCUUUAGGUAAAAUAUUAUUAUAAAGUACACUAUUAUUAUAGUUCUUACAACUCACGAAGGCGAGUGAGCUUUACUUGUG